AUGCCUGACAAGAAGAGAAGAUUAAGUUCAGAAGUUUGGGAUUACUUCGACAUUAUUCCCAAAAAGGAUCCAAAUGAAGAGUCGAAGUGCAGAUGCAAGAAAUGUGGGAAUGAAUAUUCUGCUGAGAGUAAAAGUGGGACAAGUAAUUUGCAUCGACAUCUAUCUGAGGAGUGCAAUAGUUCAGAUGAUUUUAUGAGGAGGAUUGCUUCCCAAAUGCUUGUGAAGUUUAACAAAUAUUGGUCUGAGUUCAAUCUUUUAUUGGCAAUUGUUGUGGUAUUUGAUCCCCGGUAUAAAUUUCAGUUUAUUGAAUUUAGUUAUAAUAAGCUAUAUGGUCCGGGUUCAAUCUUUUGUUGGUCCGAGUUCAAUUUUAUGAGGAGGAUUGCUUCCCAAAUGCUUGUGAAGUUUAACAAAUAUUGGUCUGAGUUCAAUCUUUUGUUGGCAAUUGCUGUGGUAUUUGAUCCCCAGUAUAAAUUUCAGUUUAUUGAAUUUAGUUAUAAUAAGCUAUAUGGUCCGGGGUCUAAUGAAUUAGUCAAGGUCAGGAAUGCACUUUUUGAUGCCUAUAAUGAGUAUGUGAAGAAUUCCAACAUAUCCGGUGCAUCAUCUUCAUGCUCUCGAGAUUUGAGUAAAUUGGCAAGGGACAUUCUAUGUAUUCCAGUAGCAACCGUUGCUUCUGAAUCUGCAUUUAGUCUUGGUGGUAGAAUUUUGGAUCAAUUUCGUAGUUCACUUUCACCCCAAAUUGUUGAGGCUUUAGUUUGCACUAAGGACUGGAUCUCUAAAUAUGAAUUGGAGGAUUUAACUCAAAAUAUCAUGUCUCUAAAUAUCAACAAGGAUGAGGUUGAUGCAACAAUAAUUGAGGAUUCAAAUUCUAAUGUUGUUAAUCUCUAA